CUAGAGAGAAUACCUGAUCCCUUUUUUAUUGUUUACUUCACCUUUGUUUAUUAUCUAUUUCACUUGCUCUGGCAUUGUAAGCAGAUGUGUCCCAUGCCAAUAAAGCCAAUUGAAUUGAAUGAGAGAGAAGCCUUGCUGUUAAAUGAAGAGAGAAGUAUAUCAUAGAAAUGUGAGACUGUCCAGGGCAGGCAGUGAGGCUAGAGGCUCACUGUAGCACAGGAGCUCAGUCACACAGUACACCCCUAGUUUCCUGUUUUUCCCAAACAAACGUGUCUGGACAAUGCCUCUGUCUUUGGUUGUACUGUGAUUUGUCAUGAUGCUCCAUGCUUUUUUACAUUUGUGUAAUUGGUAGCUUCUACAUCUGUAAUCGAGGCUAGACAUAUUUUCUCUCUUCCUACAGUAGUACCUCCUCGGGCUCUGUCUUGUCUGCCUCAACAUGUGCUGCUCAUAACUAUCUUUAUCUUAGCCUUGUGCCAAAGUACUGUAGCCCUUUCUGUUGCACAUGCCAGCACAUUCCUCAAGCCCCUCGGACAAAUACUGCUGAUUGGGCAACGGGCCUGUGCCGGUUGACUGAUAAAAUGAUUGGCUGCUACCUCCCCCAAGGUGCUUUAGCUUUACUGCUUUACUGCUUCGCUUCACUUUUUACCUGCUUCCCUGUGGGCUGGCCAGAGUGGGCUGGGCUGGCCAGAGUGGGCUGGGCUGGCCAGAGUGGGCUGGGCUGGCCAGAGUGGGCUGGCCAGAGUGGGCUGGCCAGAGUUGUGGGCUGGCCAGAGUGGGCUGACCAGAGUUGUGGGCUGACCAGAGUUGUGGGCUGACCAGGGUUGUGGGCUGACCCACCAAGACAAAGAAAGAGGUGAGCGUGCUCACAGACCAGGUGGAGGCCCAGGGAGAGAAGAUCCGAGACCUGGAGAGCUCUCUGGAGGAGCACCACCACAAACUCAACUCCACUGAGGAAAUGCUACAGCAGGAGCUGCUGAGCCGGAACUCGUUGGAGACCCAGAAACUAGAUCUGAUGGAUGAGGUUUCCUACCUGAAACUGAAGCUGGUCGGCAUGGACGAGAGACAGAACCACAACGACAGCAGCAAGGACCCGCAGAACAAAGCUGAGUGUGUGGUAAAUCUGAUAAGCGAGCUCCAGGAGCAGAUGUGUAGGUUUCAGGAAGAGAUCCACACCCGCAUCAUGGAGAAACGGGCCAUGGAGGCCCAGGGGGAGAGUGGUGCCCGCGAGGCCCACGACCAGAGCCCUGAUGUGGGCUUGGGUGGCUCUGACAUGGAGGAGUUUUGCUGUCGCUGUGGAGGACAGAAUGGCUUACUGCAAGAACUCAGGCUCCUCAAGAGUAAAGUGGAUGUGCUGGAGGGGGAGAAAUUGCAGUAUGAGAGAAAACUAAAGGCCACGAAGGUGGAGAUAGCAGACUUACAGCAGAUACUGUCUUCCAAAGAUUCCGAGAUCGAGGGCCUUCAGAGCCAGCUGGUCUCCAGAGGCCCAAUGACCAAUGAGAAUCCAGAGAGAGUGGAGGUCUUUAGGAGACUGCUGACAGACCAAUACCAAGAAUUCCAAAGGUUGAAAAUGGGGAUGGAGUCGUUGUUAGCGGCAAAUGAAGAGAAAGACCGUCACAUAGAGGAGCUCACUGUUCUCCUGAGACAGUACAGGAAGAUGAAGGAGGUGAUGGCCCUCGCACAAGUGACCAGUGAGAAGCUCCUUGUUGGGAGCAGUGAGGAGGAACUGAGUGGGAGUCUGAAGAUGAGAGCUCUCACACAUAAAGCUCAUUCAGACAUCAUCCGUUCAGAGAUGUCUUCCAGGUGCUCCUCUCCUCUGUUAAGGUCUUCCUCAUCCUUCCAGAAAGAGCUGAACUCUAGUAACCAGACCUCCCUGGAGACGUCCAUGGUGAUGGUCUCCCCGAGCGAUGCUGGCUGCUUCCACAACGGACCAUGGUCCCAACCACAGAUGCUUUCAAGCAGCCUGGAGGAGUUACAAAGCAGAUCGUUACCAAAGCAUGUAGUGGGUCAACCAGUUGAAGCGGUUUCAGAGAAUCGGCACAUGGAAAUGAACAAAUAUCAGACCCUACCAGGGAAGCUAUCUCGACCUGACAUGAAUGGGGAUCAAGAGCAGUAUGCCACACCAGUCCAGCUGUCCCCUGACGAUAGCGAGGACAGUGAGUUGAACCUAAGAAAGUCGGAGAGACUGGAUGAGUCCACGCAGUCGGACCUGUCCCCCCUGUCGUCUGGAGUGGACUCAGGAAAGCAGUCUCCUGUCUCCCCAGAGAACAAGAAGAACCACCUGGGCAUCAAGAAACUCUGGGGGAAGAUUCGGAGGACCCAGUCUGGCACCCUGCAGAGAGAGGACCUUGAGCCUGGAGAGUUUAAGAGGGGGGGACUGAGAGCCACCGCCAGCCCUCGUCUGGCCCGGACUGGAGAGACAUUGACCUCUGUGUGGGAUUUGAAGACACCCUUCUCCAAGUGGACUCCGGAGCAGGUCUGUUGCUGGCUAGAGGAGAGUGGGCUGGACCAGUAUGUGAUUCUGGCCCAACAUUGGGCCAACAGUGGGCAGACCCUCCUCUCCGCCUCACCACAGGACUUAGAGAAGGAAAUGGGGAUUAAGAAUCCACUGCACAGGAAGAAGUUGCAGUUGGCCCUCAAGUCCUUCAGCACCAAAACGACUGAGAAAUCCUCUGAACUGGACCACAUCUGGGUCACACGUUGGCUUGAUGACAUUGGUUUACCUCAAUACAAGGGUCAGUUUCAUGAGGGAAGAGUAGACGGCAGAAUGAUUCAGUACUUGACAGUGAAUGACCUCUUGUUCCUGAAAGUGACCAGUCAGCUCCAUCAUCUCAGUGUGAAGUGUGCUGUCCACGUCCUCCACGUCAACAAGUUCAACCCCAACUGCCUGAAGAGAAGACCUGGAGAUGAGAACAAGACUUCUCCCUCGGAGGUGGUUCAGUGGUCGAACCACAGGGUGAUGGAGUGGCUUCGCUCAGUGGACCUGGCGGAAUACGCACCCAACCUGAGGGGCAGCGGUGUGCAUGGGGGCCUCAUCAUUCUGGAGCCUCGUUUUAACUCAGAUACCCUGGCCAUGCUGCUGAACAUUCCCCCUCAGAAGACCCUGCUGCGACGUCACCUGGCCACCAACUUCAACAUGCUGGUGGGCUCCCAGGCUCAGCAGGAGAAGAGGGAGUUCAUGGAGUCUUUAGGCUACGCUCCACUCAGCACCACAGCCAAAGUCAGGCCAAAGAAGUUGGGCUUCUCAAACUUCGGCCACCUGAGGAAGAAGAGGUGUGACGAGUCAACAGACUACAUUUGCCCCCUGGAGGCGGCCCAGGUUCAGGCGGUGCUGAACGGGGCCCACCGGCCCUACUCCGGCUUCAGGGGCCUCAGCCCCAUCCUAGACAGAGACCCAGACAGACGGCAGCAGGUGGGGCCAAACAGCUGAUGAUGUCAAACUACUGUACCUACCUACCCAUCACUACUCAGCUUGCAGCCAAUAACCCCACCUCUUCCUGCCAUGCCCAUCCAACUCACCCCAGCACACUCACCUCCACACCCCUCACGUGCCAUCAUCUAACAAUCAACCCCAGCCUCAGGCAUGAGCUGCACUCUGGACACUUAAGAGUGGAUGGUGAGUGGGAGAGCUCCUAUGUUCUGGGGGGAUUCACAAGCCUAGCUGUGAUCGAUCACCUCACCCCUUUAAUGCCGUAGGAUAAUGCUACUAUUGUAAACAAUAUUGUGCAUCGUUUUAAUGAUCAUUUUAACACCUGUAUUUGAGAUUCACAUAAUGGUAUUCAUCCAUUGUUUUUAAAUAUAUUCCUAACCAGUAGAAAGUAAUGUUGCUGUUUGUCAGACAGUUAUGGAAUGAACUUGUGCAAUAUUUGCAUAUGGAGGAAUGCAUUUCACAUAUUUAUGUUGGUAAAUAAAUUGAAAGAAGUACAAUGAGAUUUUAUAGCUGUACACAUUUUGAUGGAUUCCAGAUUGUGAUUACGCACUGUUAUUUUCAUAUAUGACUGUUAUGAUAUUUUUAUAGUUAAAGAUAACGCUUCAAUUAAAGAAUCCCUCGUUGUCAUUAAUUGUAAAUAGCAUUAUCGAAAUCCAUCAAUAAAAAUCGCAAGUGUGAUAA